AGGCCAGCUCCCCAGAUGCUCGGGCACCAAGCAUCUGCUGUUUUAACCCCCCUCCCCCCUGGGCCUUGCACAAGUGUCUCAGUUCUGGCUGGGCCUUGCCACCUCCCCCUGGGCCAGCACCACCCAUGCACCUCUUGGCAGAGCCACAAUUGACUGACCUGCUGCUGAGCUGCUGCUCUUUGGCAUGCUGCAUUUUGAUGGCAGAGGGAGCAGUUAUGCCCAGAGCCUGGUGUGUCGGCAUCACCAGUCUGACCUGAGCACCAUGUGCUGUGCGACAUGACAGGUGGCACCGGGAGAACUGCCCAGCGUGGAAGGUCUGGGCCAGAUUCCCAGGGGCUGCUAGAUUCAUCCCUGAUGGCAUCAGGCACUGCCAGCCGUUCAGAGGAUGAAGAGUCACUGGCAGGACAGAAGCGAGCCUCCUCCCAGGCCCUGGGUACUAUCCCUAAACGGAGAAGCUCCUCCAGGUUCAUCAAGAGGAAGAAAUUUGAUGACGAGCUGGUGGAGAGCAGCCUGGCCAAGUCUUCCACCCGGGUGAAGGGGGCCAGUGGAGGAGAGUCGGGCCGCUGCUCAGGGAGCGAGCCCUCCUCUAGUGAGAAGAAGAAGGUAUCCAAGGCCCCCAGCACACCUGUGCCACCCAGCCCUGCCCCAACCCCUGGACUCACUAAGCGUGUGAAGAAAAGCAAACAGCCACUUCAGGUAACGAAGGAUCUGGGCCGCUGGAAGCCUGCAGACGACCUCCUACUCAUCAAUGCUGUGCUGCAGACCAAUGAUCUGACAUCCGUCCACCUGGGUGUGAAGUUUAGCUGUCGUUUCACCCUUCGGGAAGUUCAAGAGCGUUGGUACGCCCUGCUCUACGACCCUGUCAUCUCCAAGCUGGCUUGCCAGGCCAUGAGGCAAUUGCACCCAGAAGCCAUUGCAGCCAUUCAGAGCAAGGCCCUGUUCAGCAAGGCUGAAGAGCAGUUGCUGAGCAAAGUAGGAUCGACCAGCCAGCCCACCUUGGAAACCUUCCAGGACUUGCUACACAGACACCCUGAUGCCUUCUACCUGGCUCGUACUGCCAAGGCUCUGCAGGCCCACUGGCAGCUCAUGAAACAGUAUUAUCUACUUGAGGACCAGACAGUGCAGCCACUGCCUAAGGGGGACCAAGUGCUAAACUUCUCUGAUGCAGAGGACCUGAUUGACGACAGUAAGCUCAAGGACAUGCGAGACGAAGUCCUGGAGCAUGAGCUGACAGUGGCUGACCGGCGGCAGAAACGAGAGAUCCGGCAGCUGGAGCAGGAACUGCAUAAGUGGCAGGUGCUUGUGGACAGCAUCACAGGCAUGAGCUCUCCAGACUUCGACAACCAGACCCUGGCCGUGUUGCGGGGCCGCAUGGUGCGAUACCUAAUGCGUUCUCGUGAGAUCACCCUGGGCAGAGCAACCAAGGACAACCAGAUCGAUGUGGACCUGUCUCUAGAAGGUCCAGCCUGGAAGAUCUCCCGCAAGCAAGGUGUCAUCAAGCUGAAAAACAAUGGUGACUUCUUCAUUGCCAAUGAGGGCCGGCGGCCUAUCUAUAUCGAUGGCCGGCCUGUGCUGUGUGGUUCCAAGUGGAGGCUUAGCAACAACUCUGUGGUGGAGAUCGCCAGCCUGAGAUUUGUCUUCCUCAUCAACCAGGACCUCAUUGCCCUCAUCCGGGCAGAGGCUGCCAAGAUCACACCACAGUGAGGCGGGUAGCAGAAACCAGGGCACCCUCUAGCCUCAGUUUCCCUGUCAUUCCAGCUCCCUUGAGCUGGGAACUCAGGCUCCUGGAAAACCCUUCUACCCAGAGUGGGUAGUGGAGACCCAACUUCUGGCCCAUUGAUUUGAGCCUUUGAGGCAAGGUGGGAAUCACCAUGGGGAAGCAAGAGAGGCUGGGACCCCUGAGCCUCCCCAGAGCCAGAGCCCCCAUCAUUGCCACGUCACUCCUGUGUCUCCAGUGGGUCAGCUUUAGACUCUUCUUUUUUGUUUUUCUUUUUGUAAAUAAAAAGCACUGA